AUGCACUCGCCUAGUGAAGACCAUAUAGGAGCUAUAAUGCGUAUUUUGAGAUAUUUCAAAUUCACUCAUGGCAAGGGGUUAAUAUUUUCCAAGUAUGGUCAUACAGAUGUGGAAGGAUACACAGAUGUUGAUUGGGCAGGUUCAACUACUGAUAGGCGUUCUACGUCUGGGUAUUUUACGUUUGUUGGUGGUAAUCUUGUUACUUGGAGAAGCAAGAAACAAAAUGUGGUGUCUCGUUCUAGUGUUGAGGCUGAGUAUCGUGGGAUGGCCCAUGGCGUAUGUGAGUUACUGUGGUUGAGAAGAUUAUUGAGAGAUCUUGGCUUUGGACCUAAGAAACCUAUGGAUUUAUAUUGUGACAAUAAGGCUGUGAUUGCAAUUGCUCGUAAUCCUGUACAAUAUGAUCAUAUAAAGCAUGUGGAGGUUGAUCGAAAUUUCAUUAAAAAGAAGUUAGAUGCAAAGAUUGUUUUCUUCCCAUUCAUCAAUUCUGAGUAUCAGUUAGCUGAUGUCCAUAUGAAAGCUGUUUCUACAAGUAUCUUCCUCAACUUGCUUGAUAAGUUGAGCAUGCAUGACAUCUUUGCUCCAACUUGA